AAUUUGAUUCAGAAGUUCAGAAUACUGGAAGACAAAAGUGAGGGAAAGCUAAACCGCAUUGAGGAUUUUUCAUCAAAAAGUGUACCUCGUCCAUCCUGCAUCCUGCGAAAACGGUUUUGCGACAAUGACAACCACAGGGCGUCAAGCCAACAACCCCCAAGAUGUGAAGGAGAUCGACAUGGUGAAGGAGUCCAUUAGUGACAUCAUUAAUCAACUCCAGGACAUUGACCCAGCCCGGUUGUCAUUCUCCCCAUUCCUCGAUCUGGACACCCAGAUAUCCUUGGCACCGGUGUCAGACAGUCCAGAGUCUUCAGUGGAGGAGCUUCGCUCCUCUUCACACUCUGUCACAGGAUCCCAGCAUUCUCUGGUUCCUCUACCAGCAGAUCCCUGUCACCAGGCUGGGCCUAGUGAGUCCCUCGCUAAAGAGCAACCAGAUGAGGGGGAUGAUGGAGCACUGGAAGGAACUAUUUCCAGUCCGAUUGCUACCACGCACACUUUGGAAGACACUGUGGAAAAUUGCAUCAGUACGCCAAAUCCAGCCUGCUCGAGAGACAUUCCCAAUGGAACAGAUACACUGAGAUGGAGUCCUGAAUCCAACAAUCUAGAUUCCACUGUAGAUGAAGGUCACCCACUGAUCGACUUGCCACCAGAGAGCAUUGAGAUGACCAUGUGGAGUUCAGACGGGCAGGGAACAUGCGAGACUGCUCCCCUCGAGGUCUCAGACAGGGGACGAUGUUGCUGCAGUUGCUGUACAUGUUGCCAAAGCGGACGAGCUCCUGCUCUGUGCUCUGUGCUGGCCUCCCUCCUGUCUACGGCAGGGAUUCUCUAUGCACUCUAUUUCUAUGUUCCCAUUGAAGUCCCUGACUGCCCUGACAUGCUCAGUCGCUUGGUGUUCACACUUGGCUGCUGUGCUGUUGCUGCUAUUCCAGUCUUGUUGGGGAUGCUGAUGGGUGCUAUGUGCCGAUUCUGUACUGGGUCCUUGAGUUCUGUGGAAACGCUUCCCAGACGACUGGCAGUUCAGCAGCUGUUUGUCACCACAUCCACAGAGCAAUUGUCUCUCUACAUUCUCAAUCUUGUUGUUCUGGCCACUCUCCUUCCCCAAGACCAGCUGAGGGUGGUGCCUGUGUUGGCUGCCAUGUUCAUUCUGGGAAGGCUACUCUACUGGUUUUCCCUUCAUGUGUGUAGCUCCUGGCGAGCUUUUGGAUCAGGGUUUACCGUUUUUCCUCUUCUUGCCAUGGUGGCUUUUAAUCUGUACUGUCUGUGUGACUUGGGCCUCAGACAGCUGCUUUUUGGGUCAGAGGACACGCUCUUUAAUCAGACGACCCCUUCUUCCUGGCCGCUGGAGAUGAUGCAGGGUGGCAAAUUGGAGAAUGGCAUACCCACAGAUACAGACAUCCUGGACACUCAGAGAGGAGUAGAAUAACGUCCAUUUUUCUUUCAAGAAAAAGCGUCUUCCAGAAAUAGCCCAUUCCUGUGGUCUGGGGUUCAGCAGAGCUACACAGAAUGCCACUAACCUCUAAGACUGUAAAGGCUUAACUUGUAUUUUGCUCCCAUAUACAGAUCUUUUUAUGUGGAUUUAUGCUUAUUAUCUGAAAUGCAAGCCGUUUCCAUCUACAUUUGGAGGAAGUCUUUGGACAAUGUUUUAGUAAAGAAAUCUGUCAAUUUAAGCUAUGCCAGUGCCUAUUUAAUGUUUUGUGAAGUAAUUUGACUAAAAAAAGCUAUAUUUACAAAUGGAUGAAUAUUGUUCCAAAUUAUUUCAUAUAAAACCACCGAAUGCCUCAUUGAUAAAUUAUACGGUUUAUAAAUGAUACUGAAAAAUAAAAGCAAUUUUUAUGGUAUA